CCAGCAAGCCCGGCCGGGAGGCCGGGAGGGAGGGAGGGGACCCAGGAGACCGAGCGGGCCCCAGAAGGAACCUCCAAAGAUCAUCACAACCAGAGGCCCCAGCAGCUUGGCAGCAUCUGGCCAGAGCGGCAAGGAGAAAGCAGUGAACACAGGAGUUGUUCGGCUCCAGGCCCCAGCUGGGGAGAGAGACAGAGAGACACGCAGAGAGGGGCCCUGCCCUGCCACAGUGGUGCAGCGGCGGCUCCUCCAUGCUGAGCUGAAGCAGGUUUUGCAGAAGAAGGGUCAGAGGCAGGAGGCGCCAGGGGCAGCGACCUCAUUUCCGGGCACCAUGGCGGCUCUGAGCCGCAGCACUGAGGAGCUGAAGCGGGCUGAGCUAGUGGAGAUCAUCGUGGAGACCGAGGCCGAGGCUGGGGUCAGCGGCAUCAACGUGGCGGGUGGGGGCAAGGAGGGCAUCUUUAUCAAGGACCUGCUCAAGGAUUCACCAGCGGCCAAGUCCCUCAGCCUGCAAGAAGGAGACCAGUUGCUGAGUGCCCGCGUCUUCUUCGAAAACUUCAAGUACGAGGAUGCACUGCGGUUGCUCCAGUGCGCCGAACCCUAUAAGGUGUCCUUCUGCCUCAAGCGGACUGUGCCCACCGGGGACCUGGCACUGCGCCCGGGCACCGUGGCCGGCUACGAGGUCAAGGGGCCCCGGGCCAAGGUGGCCAAGCUGAACAUCCAGAGCCUGUCUCCGGUCAAGAAGAAGAAGAAGAAGGGGGCGGCCGUGGCCGUGACCCCGGCGAAGGCCCCGGGGAGCCCCGCGGACCUCCCCCCGGUGGAUGUGGAGUUCUCCUUCCCCAAGUUCUCUCGGCUCCGCCGGGCCAAGGCCGAAGCCCCUGCCGGUCCCGCUCCGGCCCCCUCCCUCCGCCGCCGCCUCCGUCUCCCCCGGCUCCGAGUGCGGGAGGCGGCGACCCCUGCUCAGGCCUCCCGCUUCGCCAAGCCCUUCACUCGGGAGAGGAAGGCCAAGGCCGAGCCGGCCGGGCCCGAGGCCGGUGCCCGCCUGGCACCUCCCCAGGUAGAGCUGGUUGUGCCUCGGCCCGCAGGUGCCGUGGAGGGUGGGGUGGGGCUUCCGGGGGUGCUGCUGGAGGUGGCAGCCCCCCAGGUUGACCUGGAUUUGAGGCUCCCCAAGGGGGCGGAGGGCGAGGUGCCCCCCAGCGCCGAGGGGGGCUUUGCCCUCCGCUUGCCCUCCUUGGGCCUGACCAGCCCGGCAGAGGUGGCCCCCGAACCUGCGGCGGGGGCACUCUCUGUCCGGGUGCCCCAGGUGGAGCUGCCCUCGCUGCCUUGCUUAGGGGAGGCCCCGCAGGUGGCGGGGCCCACCGUGGGCAUGGCGGUGCCUGCUCUGGACGUGACUGCGCCCACCGUGACAGUGGACCUGGCCCUGCCCGGGGCCAAAGUGGAGGCCCCAGCGGAGGCACCCGACGUGUCUCUGAAAAUGCCCCGGCUCAGUUUCCCCCGCUUCGGGACCCGGGCGCGGGAGGGCGAGGGGCCCGAGGGCAGCCCCGAGGGUCGGGCCCGGGGCCUCAGGCUGAAGAUGCCCAGCUUCGGGCUCUCCCGGCCAGAGCCACGCCCUGCCGUCCCCGAACCUGGCGCCGAAGGCAAACUGAAGCUCCCGGCGGUUAAGGUGCCUAGCGUGAGCAUCACGGUGCCCGCUGCCACAGUCGAGCUGCCCAAGGGGCCGGAGGUGCGGCUGCCAGAGGUGCAGCUGCCCAAGAUGUUCGACGUGAAGAUGCCAGAAAUGAAACUGCCCAAGAUGCCCGACAUGAAGAUACCAGACAUGAAGAUGCCCAAGAUGCCUGAAAUGAAGAUGCCAGACAUGAAGAUGCCCGAGGUGCCAGACGUGAAGCUGCCAGAAGUGCAGCUGCCCAAGAUGCCCGACAUGAAGAUGCCUGACAUGAAGAUGCCUGAGGUGCCAGAGGUGAAGCUGCCAGAGGUACAGUUGCCCAAGAUGCCCGACAUGAAGAUGCCCGACAUGAAGAUGCCCGAGGUGCCGGACAUAAAGCUGCCAGGGGUGCAGCUGCCCAAGAUGCCCGACGUGAAGAUGCCUGAGGUGCCGAGCGUGCGGAUGCCAGAGGUGCAGUUGCCCAAGGUGCCCGAUAUGAAGAUGCCGGACAUGAAGCUGCCCAAGGUGCCCGACAUGAAGAUGCCCGAGGUGCCGGAGGUGAAGCUGCCAGAGGUGCAGCUGCCCAAGAUGCCCGACUUGAAGAUACCCGACAUGAAGAUGCCCAAGAUGCCAGACAUGAAGAUGCCCAAGAUGCCCGACAUGAAGAUGCCCGAGGUGCCGGAGGUGAAGCUGCCAGAGGUGCAGCUGCCCAAGAUGCCCGACAUGAAGCUGCCCGAGGUGCCAGCUGUGCGGCUGCCAGAGGUGCAGCUGCCCAAGAUGCCCGACAUGAAGCUGCCCGAGGUGCCAGCUGUGCGGCUGCCAGAGGUGCAGCUGCCCAAGAUGCCAGACGUGCACCUGCCCAAGCCCCCGGCGGCGAAGCUGCCCGAUGUGCCCCCACCCAAGGAGGGUGCCGAGGGGGUGGCCUGGAGCUUCAAGCUGCCCAAGCUAGGGCGGGCGGGGUCACCCCCUCGAGGGGAGGCCGGGAGGCCCGACCUCCAGGUCGCGGGGCUCCCAGGGGUCCUGCCCUGCCUGGAGGGCGGUGAAUCGGCCCCCCAGGCGCGGCCUGGCCUGUCGGUGGGCACCCUGCCCGUCGUGGAGCUGGAGCUGCCCUGCGGCCGCAAGUCAGAAGGGGCGGUGGGCGCGGAGGCCCGGAGCCAGGCUUUGGGCUGGGGUGAGGUUCUGGGGAGAGCCGGGCAGCUGGAGCUGGACGUCCCCACGCCCAAGCUGCAGGCCGAGGCUGGGCUGCAGGUGCCCGCCCUGGAGGUGCCCGCCGUGCCCCUGCCCUCGGUGGAGCUCCCGGCCCCUCAGCUGGCCAAGGCGCCGGCCAAGCAGUCGUCGGUGGAAAUCAAACUGAGGUCGCCCAAGUUCUCCCUGGCCAAGCUGGGGCUCUCGGGGGCCAAGGCCAAAGGGGAGGGGGAGGCCGAGGGGCCGGGCCGCGGGGCCAAGCUGAAGAUGCCCAAGUUUGGCCUGUCCUUCCCCAGGGUUCGGGGGGCUCCGGAGGCCGGGGUCGCCGAGGGUCAGGGGGCGGGGGAGGCGCCGCUGCUGCCCGCGCUGGAGGUGUCCGCCCCCCGGGGCUCCCUGGGCGUCCAGCUGCCCGCCGCCUCCGCCUCGCCGCCCGAGGUCCAGCCGAAGGGGCAGCGGCCGGCCCCGGGGGGCAAGGAGGCGGAGGCCGCGGCGGAGGAGGCCGAGGGCAAGGCUCGGGGCUGGGACGGCCGGGUCAAGAUGCCCAAGCUGAAGAUGCCCUCCUUCGGGGUGGGGCGGGGCAGUCCCGAGGAGAGGGCGACGGCGGUGGGAGGGCCCGGAGCCCAGCCCCGGACGGGCACCGGGCUGCCCGCCCUGGAGAUCGCCGUGCCCGGGCUGGAGGCCGAGCCGGGCAGAGGACCCGAGGGGGAAAGGAAGGCCCCGGGGGCGCCCGGGCGGGGCCUCGCCCUGCCCCAGGUGGAGCUGUCCGGGCUCGGGGCGGGCGAGGCGGCUGCCCGGCCGGAGGGGCACCCGGGCCACGGAACCGCCCUCCGGGUGCAGCUGCCCCAGGUGGACCUCGCCGUGCCCGGGGGGGCCGGGGAGCCGAGGCCGGGCGAGGCCGUGGCACCGCCCCGCGUCCAGCUGGACGGGGAGGCCAAGGCGGGCCCCGCCGAGGGCAAGUUCCGCCUGAAGAUGCCCGCCUUCAGGAGCGGCGGGGAGGCCGAGGGCACGGACACCCAGCCCCUGUGCCCGGCGGAGCCCGGCUUCCACCUGGCCCUCCCGGCCGUGGGCUUCUCCGCGGGCCCAGGCGCGUCGCCGGGCGAGGAGGGCAAGCAGCCCUUCUGGAUGCCCGCGGUGGAGCUCUGCCCCCCGACCGUGGGCAGCCAGGCGGAGGACCGGCUGGCGGGGCCGGAGGGCGAGGCGGCCCGGCGCUCCCGCCUCAAGCUGCCCCGCUUCGGGCUCGCCCUGGGCAAGGGCGAGGGCGACGAGGCGGGCAAGGCCCGCGGGCCGGGGGGCGAGGGCGACGGGCGGCGGGGCCGGGUGCGCCUCCCCCGGGUGGCCCUCUCGGCUCCUCCCCGCGGCCCGGCCGCCGGGCCCCCGCCGGGCCCGCGGGUGCCCCGCUUCCGCUCGCCCUUCUCCGGCCGCCGGGCCGAGGACGGGGAGGGGGACGGGGGCUCCCCCAGAUUCCACUUCCCCAAGGUGUCCCUCGGCCCCAAGGGGCACCCCGGGGGCGGGCAGGCCGGCCGGGACGGGGACGGGGCGGCGGGCUUCAAGGGGCGGCUACCCCAGGUGGGCUUCUCGGAGGUGGCGGCGGGGGAGCCCCCCGGGGCCGAGGGAGGGGGGCGGGAGGCCGGGGGGGUCUGA